UGGCUGCUAUCUUCCCAGAGUUUUGCUUUCUAGAGAGGGCUGUCCAGAUGCCUGGUGCUGCUCACUUAAAACAAUGGCUGAUGGUAUUAGCAUAUUUUAGUAGGUGGAAGCCCAGUGGCUUACUGUGCAUGGUGCAGAAUAUCAAUUGUGGCUGCAAUGUCACUGAGCAGGGCGUGCAGGCUGCUGCUAUACAUCACGGUUACCUCUCUAGAGGGGACACAGGGUUCUGCUCCCCCCCGACACUUCGCUAGCCGCUUAUAUAUACCCUACAUAUGUCUUUUUUUCUUUCUUUCUUUUUUUUUGUUUAUAGAUGGGAGGAGAAGCGAUUAGGAGGUGAUCAGCCGUCAUGAUGCCAGGGGAGAGCGAUGCCCCACUGCUUACCCACCUCUGCUUUGCUGAUAUAUAGAUACCAGCAUCCAGUAUUCAGAAAGGAUCGUUGAAUUAUUGAUUGGUUUUUUUUAUUUUUUUUAUUUGAUCAAUCACCGAUUGAUGCAGAAUAGGGGUGUUUGCAAGCAUGGCAAUGUGGCAGUCCUUAAAAUGAAGAGAGAGGGAGGGAGGCAGAGGGAAUGCUUGUCACAUUGUUUUAUAAUGGGAGGGAGGCGAAGAAGGGCGAUCAAGACUGAGACGACCCCCACACUCCACUAAGUAAAUCCAAAGAAGGGAGGGGAGGGAGGGGGGUCGCUUUUAAACCCUAAUUGGGGGGCAUCACGUAGUUUACCAACAUGUACAUGAAUAUAUACAUCUAUGUGUAACUGGAUCCUGUGGUCCUGCUUCAACAUCAAGGAUUGCAGCUUUUUUGGGGGGGAGGGAAGAGGGGAGAUGACCAAUUCUGACCUUUGCGGAGAAGAGGGAGGAAAUAGAAGAAGAGAACCUGCUUUUUUGGGGGAAAUAGACACAAUCUUGUCAAUUUCAUAUAUAUGCACAUGAGCUCAAACACCAUGAUAUUUAUGGUACUGGGGGCGUCCAUUGUUAUGAGUUGACCAGAUGCCUUGGUUAUGGGCUCUUACAGGCAAUAGCUUGCUUGAUGGACAUGAACGCUCUUUUGGACCGAUUUCACAAUUAUAUCUUACCGCAUUUAAGAGGGGAAGACCGCGUUUGUCACUGCAACUGUGGAAGGUACCACGUUCAUUAUGUCAUCCCGUACGACGGAGACCAGUCAGUGGUGGACUCAUCAGAGAAUUACUUUGUCACUGACAAUGUAACUAAGCAGGAGAUUGACCUGAUGCUGGGACUCUUGUUGGGAUUUUGUAUAAGCUGGUUCUUAGUCUGGAUGGAUGGGGUUCUGCAUUAUGCCGUCCGAGCAUGGCGGACCAGCAGACGAUAUGACAACUCUUGGUCUUGGAUUCCUAAAUUUUGCAAUUUAAGGGAUUUUCGAAAACGUCAUUCGCGGCAGUAUGAUGAUACCAGCGGAAACAUGGUUCACAUCAAGCAAAAGCUCUACCAUAAUGGACACCCAAGUCCGCGGCAUCUCUGAGGGGCCAUCUACAGACAGUAUCCUCUGCAUACAGAGAAUAUACAACUCUUCUUUCCUAUUGGGGAAAAAGAAAAAGCAAAAACCAGUCAAUUCAUUUUCCGAAAUGGGAAGACAGUAGGAAAACAAUUUUAUUUCCUUUGCACCUUUUGCUUCUGCCCUUAUCUGGUAGGAGAAGGACUCAACGUAGAGUGCAAGGGAAAACUUGGACCUUGGUACAUGUCUCGGGCACCAGAUUUUAGCGUUGAACUUCUGUAAAUAUGUAAAAACAACAAAAAAUCUAAAAGACGUGUCAUUAAUACUUUCAAAAGUGCAAGUUGUGGAAACCUCAAGACUUACCCUACCUUUUGGGUGUGUCUGUACUGUCGAAGGAGUGGAGGAUUUGAGUGUCAUAUAUUGCUAAGUGUCAUUUAUUGUAAGAUUUGUUAUGGGCACUACUCUGGAAAAAUCAUAAAUUGUCCUUACAGUCGCUUCUGGGUCUGUAGGUGAAAGAAUGUCUCUUCUUGUGCCAAAUUAAGGAACAUCCAAUCGGGAACAUAGCACAGUCGUUGUUGCAACAAAUGCUAUGGUCUUCAUUGAACCUUCCAUUAAACCCUGUCUUAAUGUUUGCUUGUGAGCAGUGCCAAAUGCAGCUUUUUAAAAGUGCAGAUCCACUUAUAUUAAAAAUAAAAGUAGUAUUUUUUACAGAACACACCUAUUUUCUCCCUGAACACAUACUUUGUUGUGAAAUGAUCAACUAGUUUUCUAUGUUGCAGAAAUAUUAAUGUUAAAAAAAAACCAUAAAAAAAUAGCAAAAGUCAUUUAUUUGUGAGUAAUGUCAAAAAUGUCUGACCGUUUUAGUUAUAUGUGGUCUUUGUUAGUAUGAGGGUGAGUUUCAAUCUCCAAAUUGAAGAAUGAAAAUAUACAUUAAUAGUUUAAAAAAAAUAAUGCUCUUCAGUGGUAAAAUAACAUGUGAUGAUAAUGAUAUUUUGGUCCAAAUUCACAAAAGUGGCAAUUUUAUUUAAACAAAAAAGUGGUCUUAAAUAUGAACAUAGGGGAGACAAAUUCACAAAUGCAUGAAGUCUUUUAGAUAUUUUUUUCCCCCAUGUAGAAUCUUUGGGAAUUUGUCAUAUUGUUAGAACCUCCAUUAAAAAUAAAAAUUUUAGGGCUAGAAUUUUCAUACUCACUAAAUAUUGAUUUUGGAAGAUAUGAGAUUGCACCAACUUUUACAAACCCGUGCUGACAUUGGAAAAACUCUUGCCAAAUAUUUAUGUAUUUGUCAGAAUACAAAAAAAAAGUAACUUAAAAAAACUUUUGAUUUGCAAGACAAUUCCAUCCAAAACUGAAAAUUCAGUUUUUGGAAUAUCAUAGGUAAAACCAGUCCUUUAAAGAUUACGUACCUGGUGUCUGUCGUUCAUGCACAGGUGGGCACCCUAAUAACUAACUUAGAAAUGUGUGCAUGCCACCUCAAUGACAAAAAAGACACUGGUCUUUAGUUGUGACCGGAACAACAAUACAAGCAACGCCAGGUAUGCAUAAACUGUUAGGACCUCAUCUAACCGCAUGGUAAGUAAUCUAUUUAGAUCCUGUGUUAUUUAUGAGAUUUCACAGAAAACUGAUUUUUUCGUUUUUGUGCUAAACUUUCCUUUAAAUGCUGGCACUUUUGUAAAGUUGGUCAUUUCUAAGAGACUGCAUAUUUGCUACAUAAUUCGAGGUGUGGGACUGCAUCUUUAAAAAUCUAUGUCUGGUAUGGCUGCCACCAAAGUUUUUCAUAGCUGAAACAAUAGAUAGUGACCUGGCUUCUGCAUCUGAUACUGAACCUUGUGGGCUUCUCUAGCAGAAAGCUUUGAGGAAAAUCUAGAGCCAUUCACUGAUUAUUAUAUCUCAAUACUCUAUUAGAAACACAAAUUUGACAGAUGUUUUGUGUUGUGUUAAUUCCCUAAGUCUGUUUCUUGCAUUUGUUUCCUGUUUGGACAUGAAGUGGUUUGAGGGCGAGGGUGAUGAUGAUGAUGAUAAUGGAAAGUGGUGGUGGAACUGCAUGGGAAUGUGGCAGAACUCCAUAGGAAUUGCAUGAACGUUCUCUGCCAUUCUGAACAUUAUUUUACAAUUUUUGUCUUUGUUUUCAAUAUUCCUCAUGAUUUCAUGUUUUGUUGGUGUCACGUAGCUGGGUAUAUAAUUGCGCUCAGAUGUUAUGAAGGUCUACUUGUGGUUGCAUCUAACGAGCGUGCUGUGUAUGUAUGUAUGUACAUGUAUAUUUAUUUGUAUAGCUUCCAUUGCAUAUGCAUAGCUUUAGUGCACUUCAACAGAUUUAAUAAUUGUUUGCUUAUAAUUGUCCUGAAAAAAUAUAUAUUUUUUGUGGGUGAAAGCUGAAGCCAUAUUUAGAUAUGCUAAUUUAGGAUUUUUACAUUAUUGCAUCUUAGUCUUAGCCAAGGUUCAGGUUUAUGCUAUUUUUCAUUGAAAGCACUUUAUUUUAAACACAACAUCAAACCUCUUAUAUUACUUUCAUCCAUUGCGCUACUGAGAGGCCAGAUAAUGGAUAUCUACAAAAUAGGGAACCAGAAUUUACAUUAAAAAUUAAAUGACUCUGAGGUAAUUUAUGAUUGGACGAUGCAUUACAAAUGCAAUCAUCUGUGCCAAAUUGUGUGCUCAGUUUAUAUUGUGAGUCUAGGAUGUUCAUUUUGUACUCUACUGCAAGAUGAAAACACAGUUUAACAUUGUGCAAAGUAAGAAACCCCUUUAUUCUUGUCCUACCUCCAAAACAUUUACCUCGUUUGAACAUAUUGUGCAUUACAAAAUUUAAUUUGUGCGGUUGUAAUGCUAAGGACAUGGCAAAAGUGUUACACUUAGGGAUGGCCUCAAUCCACCCAUCAUUCAGUGCAAACAGUAGCCCCUUUGUAAAAGACUACCUUAGUGUGCCAAGACAUAAGUGCAGGUUUUUGGGCUUAUUGGCGCUCUACCGUCAAGGGGUCGGAUGUGAGAAACCCGAGAUCAGUGGCUGCGCGGGAUGCCGGCCAAACUCAGACUUGUUUUUAAAAGGGCAAUCACCUAAGGCAUGGUUUUGAUGGGUGUGGUAUGGUAUGCCGGCAGCCGGGCUCCCGGCGACCAGCAUACCGGCGCCGGAAGCCCGACCACCAGCAUACCGACAGCGUGGCUAGCGCAAAUGAGCCCCUUGUGGGCUCGCUGCGGGCACAGUGGCGCGCUGCAUACGCCACGCUAUUUAUUCUCCCUCCAGGGGGGUCGUGGACCCCCACGAGGGAGAAAAACUGUCGGUAUGCCGGCUGUCGGGAUUCCGGCACCGGUAUACUGUGCGCCGGGAUCCCGACAGUCGGCAACCUGAAGACCACCCGUUUUGAUUGGUAAGCAGAGGCGGAUUGGCCAUAGGGUCUACAGGGAAGAUUCCCGGUGGGCCAACGCACCCGUGGGGCCUGUUUUGUUUGAGGACAUGUCCUAUUUAUAGACAUAAUGAAUAAGAUACCAAACAAUUUGCAUAUAUGAAAAUGACUUUGCCACUUAGCCUGUGAUUGCAGAUGAUCUAGUGUAUGUUCUGUCUGCCUGCUUGGCUGACUUAUAAGAUUGAGUGAAUAGUGAUUGGGAUAUGGUUGGUGUAAUAAGCAAGAAAAUAUAUCUUUCUAAAGAAUUAUAUAGUUUCCUAAAUUCUAAAGGUGUAUCAUAUAAUGUGCUCAUAACAUUUAAUUUUAUUUCCUUUUAACUUCCCCUUGAUGCUGGACAUCCCCACUAUCUGGAAAGUCUUGGGGGAGGGUGCUGCUGCCAUGGCCCAUGGCUAGACCUUACAUCUCUGGUGCUGCCCAAGUGGGGCCACUAGUACAAAUUUUUUCCAGGGCCAUUUUUUGUUCCCAAUCCGCCCCUGUUUGUAAGUGUUUGCCCCUUUAAAAAAAAUCCGAAUUCUUCCGGCAUCCUGCUCGCUCAUUGAACUCCACCAACAAGGUUUAAGUUUUCAGAAUUUUAGAGACCAUCCUGGUAUGUAACUCCUAGCUCAAGUUACAAAAGAAAAAUUGUGAAUUGUUCGUACGUACUUUCAUGAUGAUUUUGUCCUCCCUCAUGAUCUCCAGACCAGGAUGUAUUUCAUAAUUUUGCUAAGUGUCACUGAAGCUGGAAACUAUUUUUAAACUGCAUAAAGAAAUAUGUAUUUACUAUGCUUGUUAUUACAGCUACCUAAAACCAAUCCGUGCAACCAUGCAAAUUUAUCACAUAAAUGUAUUGGCUUAUUCUCCUGAGAAUACAAUACCAAGCAUGAGAAAAUAAUUCUGAAUUUAAUGUAAGGGGCCCAUCCAUUAGGCAGGUAUUGGGGCAAUUACCCAUUCUGUCGAGCACUAGGUUGGGGGAUCGGGGAAAUCCAACAAGUUGGGAAUCUUCGAUUCGGCGCUCCAAACCCAAUAAUUGUUGGGAAUGGAGGGUUGGGGAUUUUUAACAUACUAUUUUUUGUCGAUUCCACAGAGGAUCACCGAUCAUCGAUGCCCCAAAUGAUAGGGCUGUAAAAGUAUAGCACACAUUACAGAGCUAUGUCUUUUUAUCUUAAAUAUUUUCUACCAUUUGUCUUUUAUAAUAUUUGACCUUAUUCAUUUAAUUAUUUUUUUUAGCAAGUUUCAAGUCUCCUAUAUUACGGUGUAUUCAAGGAUCUCACACUGCACUAUUCAAUUUGUGGGUGUUUUCAACAAGUUUAGCCCGUUUUCGACAUGCCGAUACAACUUUUUUUAAAGUCGAAUCGGCAUUGUCUAAAACGGGCCAAAAGCCUGUUAAAAAUGCCCACAAAUCCGACAAAAUACGUGGAUCCACGGCUAAUCCACUGAUACACGUGUUUUCCGACAAGUUGGAAAAACGUCACUUGACUUGGAUAAGUCGAAUCCAGAUUCGACCUAAAAAAAGUCGGAAACUGACGUUUUUCCGACAAGUCCGGAAUUUCGAAAGUAAUUGAAUAGACGCCAUUGUCUACAUAGAUAGAAUUAGUAUAACUGGAUAUAACUGAAGCUGACCUACCUGGUUGUUCUAGAUCUAUAUAUGCUUUUUGGCAGGAGUGACCCAAGACCUAUCUCUUUUGCAGAACCAUGGACUACCUAUCCAUAGGAAUAUCCUUGCUUAGUGUACGGUACAGUAUGUCAGUACAGUGACAUCCCAGAAUUUCCUUUGCUCAAUGGGAAAGUUUACACUUUUCCAUUGAGCUGCACAACAGAGGGCUCACUUUAGUGCUGCAUAAUGCAAUCUGGAGGUCAGGAAACAUAAGUAAUGGGUCUUUGUAACAUUGGUGGAAUCUGAGGCUGUCAUUGCCAGUAUACGAGUAGACUUAAAAUUAAGUGGGCUGAAACCAAUACCUACCCACUGUGGGCAUAAAUUUUCUGGCGGCUGACGGAAAGCGGUAAUGUCUGUGUCUGCAUAGGACAAAGUAAUAAAUAAGGGAAAACUGGUAAAUGGUGACAUUAAUUAGUCAGUAAAUAAUCCCCAAAUCAUCCAACAAUACAUAGUGGAGAUAAAUCAAUCAAUGAAUCAUUUUCCUAUAAGACAGACUGCUUUAAUUUUGGUGAGUGGUUUCAGGAGCUCAGUGGUGUCCAGUGAAGACUGAAUGACUUCUAAAGUAAUUUUAUGAUCUUCCGAAAACUCCAGGAUGGCCUCUAAUGUAAUUUUAUGUUAUUACAAAUUAGGUUUCAUCAUACUGAUGGGUGUCACAAUAGGUUACCUCAGGACUAGCAGUGAACUGAGUUCUGGUUCCAGCUUUCGUAAUAUAUAAACUUAUUUUCCAUGUCCUCUCUCUAGUCUAGAUCAUGUAGUGCAAUAAAUAAUUUCAUAAAAAUAUGCAAAUGUGUAUCUGUAAUAAGCAAGAAUGUAACAAAAGAAUGAUGCCCCAGCUAUGCAGGUUAUGCCUGUGGUCAGUUCCAGUAGCCACGGGGCUGCUAAUCUUUAUACUUUAGUACAGAACAUCAUAAUUCAAGUUUGCAAUAAUUUCUGUAUACAAUAAAACUUGCCAUCAUUGCAAA